UCAUUUUAAGAUGGAUCGAAAGACAGGCGUGAUAAGAUUGACUCAGGGGGUGACGGACAGGCUUAUAACUCCUGUGCUGCGACUCCAGGUCAUGGCAUUCCAGGAAGACGACCCCAUGAAGUAUUCUGUUGCAACCGUGUUGGUCCGAAUCCUAGCAGAGAAUCAGUUCUAUCCAGAGUUCGACAGGCCUGAAUACAGAGGUUUCGUGAUCGCAGGAAAGAGCCCCGUUUCUCUGGUCAACACCUACGGCAGCAAAGCUCUGAUGCUGCACGUCCGAGACCAAGACUUUAGACAGGCAGGCCUCCACACCUAUGAUGCUACAGUUAUAGAUCUGUUUCUUUCACUAACCACCUGUUUUUUCUCCACAUAUUGGCAGGGGUUUAAUCCCAUGAUCUACUUCUCCUUUAGUCCUACAUCUAAUUACACAGAUAUCUAUCAAGUGACACAGGGGGGGCUCCUAAUUGCACAAACUUGCCAUCUUAAACCGAAGCAGAAACACGUUCUAGAGAUUAUGGCCGUGGAUCAGGAGUCGGGUGAUGCCACUUUUGCGACUGUUGUGGUGGAAGUGUUACCUGAAGGACAGACAAUCCCUCAUCAUCCACUUGGAGAUGACCGACUGACAGGCUGCACCGUAGGCAAAGCCUUGUUUCUGAGCAUGCUGUUCCUGAGCGCGCUCGGAUGUGUCCUGUUGAUGCUCAUGUGGCUGAAGAAAAAGCAUAGGGCGAUGAAGGGCCCGCUGGAGAGAGGCUGCGUGGCUCAGUGCAAACACCCCAACGUGAGCUUACGGUGGUUCCAAUUGGUGAGUCAUGGCAACGCCAUGCCCCACAUGGAGGACGUCCACCACAACAACGAGGAAGGCGGCGCCUGCAAUCCCUCCUUCAGCUUCCUGGAGAAACCCAACACCGAUCAAGACGCCAGCCUCAGUCGGGAGCCUGUUUCAGCCAAAACAACAGUUUCAUUUGACAUCACUGUCAUCCCCAUUGAGACGGUGUCUGUGAAUCUCAAUAAUAAUGCAGGUUCACCAAAUAAAACGAGCACCUUUCACGUGGAGAAGGAGGAAUUGAGCACCACAUAUGAGGCACAAGAAGCUCCGGCUAAAGAAAGUCCAGGAUCGCCAUCCGGUGGGACACCAGAGGCGACUGAAACAGAAACCAACAGCAGUCCAAAGCCUGUAAACCAGGAUUGUACAGAAACUUUACCUGCAAACAUUGAUGCUCUGGUGACUAGAACCCCAUCUCCGGUCAGCAACCCAUGCAGCCUUCCUCAAAGUUCUCUAGAAGAAUCUGACAACCUCAUCCAAAAAUCAUGCAUCACGACAUACGACCAGACUUCUCCCCACCCUGAAGUGACAGACUCAGCUCCGCCCUCGCCAGAACACGGACCUUUGAAAGCCGUGUUGGUGCACAUAGAUACAACUCCAACCGACACACCUCCAGAAACGCCAGAGGUCACAGCAAAAACUAUGCAUGCAGGGGAUGACCAGCCGUGCACGUCGCUGGACCAAGUGGCGCUGUCAGAUUGUGUGGAGGAGAGCGCAGAGAGUCCAUGUCAGGACAAAAUGACCUCAGAAAACGUCCCAGACAAAGUGAAGGAUGAGGAAGAUGGUUGUCUUGGAGAUGCGGAUGCAGACCAAAACAGGGAGAGUGAGGGUGAGUUAGAGUCAGACGAAGAAGAGCUCCUGAGAGUGAUGAUGCGUUGUAAUCCUAUUUUCAUUACAUUUAGUAAGUGACGCUACUAUGAUAUCACAGGCACCAAGACUCUUCCGGCAGACGGCAGAAGAUGGAGCAGGUGAGGGGAAGACGGAGGAUGACAGCGCAGUGUGGAAAUGCCAUCAAGCUGUUAGACAAACCCCACAGUCUGGUUCUGCUGAGAAAUAGAGGAAGACAUGAUCAUCACACACACAGAAAUGGACUGUAAAUAUAAGAAUAUAAAUAUAUAUGAAAAUAUCACUAAUAGACCAUCACAGCAUGUCUUGUACUUUCAAUUUCAUAUU